AUGGACUCGCGCAAUUCAAAGUCCCAAGAUGUUGAGUGGACGGAGCCACGCCAGGGGCAGACAGGAACGCCACAUCCAGUCGAAGAUGAAGACGAAAUUAUGCUCCGGGCUCUAGGUGUUUGCGACGGAUUUAGACCAAACGCGGUAAACUCAACAACAUCAUUCCCGGACAGGAAUACAGUAUCAUCUUACUUCAGCGGAGGAGAUACCAUUCCGUCGACGCCGGUAGAUCGCAACCUGACGGUGUCGCCGCUGAGUCGGCAAUCGAGCAUUUCAAAACCACCCAUACCAGACGACCCAUCCGCAAAAGGGCAUGCACUUGGUAACGAGGGUAUACAUGCAUUCCACAAUGCAAGACCGUCAUAUCCAAUCUCUCGUCAGGUUAGCUCAGCAACGUCGAUAUCUACGACAUCAUCGGCUUUCACCGAUGCUUCGCCAGUAAUUGUGCGGGAACAAUCAUAUCAGGGUCCAACCGGUCCAUCGCAUCCUUACACAUUGUACCGCCAGGACAUUGGCCUCAACCGGUCCCUGAGCGUGAGUACCACAUCGACAGUUAGGCCACCGCCAGAGCAGCCAUUUGUGCGCCCUAUAGGUCCAACCCAUCCUUAUGGUUUGUACGCCCAAAACACAGUUGGUAUUGAUCAGGUCGUCACUGUGCCUGGUCUGGCAGCAGGAGGGAUUGUUGGAUUUCCAGGUAUCGCUACGGACAAUUACAGACGGAGAUUGGGGCCUGAUGGCGAGGAAAUUGGGGGGUUGAUUGGCCCUCACGGACACACAGAGGAGCUUCCACCAUACACGAGAUAUCCCGAUGAGCAGUACGCUCGCAAGGUGAGGGAUGCGGAGGCGCUCAAUUCACCCUCAUCAUUGCCCCCGUCAAACCAACCACAAGUUCAGCAGCGACAGCAGGACGUUCAGCAGCGGCAGCAGGACGUUCAACAGCGACAGCAGGACGUUCAGCGGCGACAGCAGGACCACUCGGUGCAAGCACCGGCACCGAUCCCCGGUGCUGGCGGGAUUGGCAUAGCCGCGAGAAACCCCGAAUUUGAUUCUGUAGAGGAUCUCACUUCGCAACAUCGCCAUUCCUCGGCAAGUUAUAUAUCAACUUCAAACCUCAGUCAGCACAACUUAAACACAGCCGCCGCGGCAAUUGUAUCGGAAGACGAGAAACCUACGAAGCGGUGGCGGACCGCGGGGAAAAGACGGAUUUGCGGCGGCAUCCCAUACUGGGUCGCUGUUUUGCUUCUCAUCGCACUUCUUGUCGUGGGGAUAAUAAUAGGUACCGUCGUUGGAACCUUUGUUGCCAGACGAGGACAAGAACGAGACAACGGAAUAACGAGGGCAGCACCGUCGCCAGGAACUCCACCAGUGUACGACGCCUCACCGACACCUACACCAAAAGAUCUAGCCGAAUUGCCCGAGGGCAGGUUUGCAAUGCCUCUUGUUAUUAGACAACAACCAAACAUCUGUUUCAAUGACACGACACACGCACCAGCCUGGUCUUGCAGCAUCAUAUUCGGACUUGGCGCCGGAAUGUUCAUGGACGUCAAGAAAGAAUCCGAUAAAUACAGCGUAUCGAUCGGAGCCAACGAGACCUUAACCAUUAACAACGGGCUCUUUGCGUAUGGUACGCAGCCUCAGGUUAUCCAGGGCAGUCACAUCCUACAGACCGCCAAUGACCUGCUUGAGCCGAGCCGAGGCACAGCCUGGUACAAGAUGCUGCCAUUCAACAAGACUGUCAUAGUGCCCGAAAAUGCGCUUUCAGCGACUAUGCCGAACUCGGCAGCUAGGUUCCGUCGGGCAUUGAACCCACCAGUUUUUGGACCUAACGACUUCAGGCGCAAGUUAGUUGCGCAGCCUGGCGACAAGCCAUGGAUCUGCACCUGGCCCGAAACCCUACUCGAGAUAUUUAUAUACCCCAACCAAACUUCCGCCUCAACACGAAUUGGUGGACAGUUAUCCAGCAUAGCGGGAGCCACGCCAACGAGCCCUUCGCUCACUAGAGGAGCGCCGUUUCCCUUCUUGACUGGAACAUCAGUUCCGACUGGUUCGUUCUCUGACUUUUUUGGCGCCACCGAUCGCUUUCCGCUUUCGACUCCUGCCCCGACGCCCUCCGCCACGUCGGGCGAUGGCGAGUUCGGAUCGGUGUUUCCGGGAUACCCUCGGGUGGUCAAGCUCGAGGAGCGGCGUGUUAAAAGAUCACCUCGGCCUGUAUGUCGGCAAGUCUCGAUUGAGAGUGGCGGCAUAGCCAAGCCGGUCAUAAUGAAUGGAAGGCCCGUGGAGAUCACUAUCCAGGAACAGGGCAACAGUCCACCGCUGAGGAAGCGUGGUGAGGAGGAUGAACACCUACAACCCAAGUCGCACCAGAUCGUUCGCAGAGAUCCGGCCGAUAUAAGCGACUGCGGAUGUGUAUGGUUCAUCAAUUGA